AUGGGCCUGACAGAUGGGGGCCUGCCACAGGCACAGGCUUGGAGGAGUCAGUCGGCUCCCAUCCGACCCCUUCCCUCAGACCCCUCAGACCGGCUUCUUUUCCACCUUGGCCCAAGCCGAUCCUCGAGUGCCUCUGUGACCAAGAGGGCAUGCCUGAGGCAAGGGGGCAUCCCGGGACCGCCUCUGACAGUGGUCACCCGGACCCAGCAGCCCCUGGUGCACGUGCAGCUCUUCAGCCCCUCUGCUGGCCCAGGAGGCCUGCGCGGCCCAAGCGAAGUGGCCAUGAGGAGCAUGAUGCUCCCAGUCCUGGCUCUUUGGGUGGGGUGCUGCCCUGGAGGGGCCCUGGCCGAGCAGGGGCUGAGCCCGAGAGAGCCCGCGGCAACGCCAACCUCCACGGGCAUGCUGACCCUGCAGCCCCCACCGCCCAGCUGGCCUGGGCCCCCCAAAGGUCAGGCGCGACCCACCCUCAGCAACGGCGGCCUGGACAGGCCUGAGGAAGGAGCCCAUGAAGCCUGCACCCAGCCCCCAGGCCCCAGCCGGAAGGCCCCUGCCAGGCCAGGGCCGGCUCAGAGGGAGGCGUCGCCCCCAGCAGCCUGGGACCAGGAGUGGAGUCACUACAAGGGGCCCAGCAGCAAGUGGGCCCAGCCACAGGCCGUAGCCGAAGCCCAAGAGCGGGCGGUGGCCACCAGAGAAGGGGUCCUCCGCCGACCUGACUCAGGGAGCCAGCAUCAAAAGAAGGAUGACAGCCAAGGCCAAGGUGGCGGCUGCACCAAGGAGACCACGGACCGUGAGCGGAAGAGGCCGAGGAGCAGGCAAGGGCACGGACACAGGUUUCCGGACCUGGGUGCCGCCGAGCAGGCCAUGCCCCCCCUGCCAGCCUCCUGCGUCCUGGCCCGGGCAGCCAUCGCCUGCAGCAAUGUCAAGAUGAAACACAUCCCUGCCCUGACUGACCCCGGCCUAGCCACGCUCUACCUGGCCGAGAAUGAAAUCGCCAAGAUCCCAGCACACGCGUUCCGGGGGCUGCCCAAUCUGCAGUGGCUGGACCUGAGCAAAAACAAGCUGGAUGCCCAGGGCCUGCACCCGGAUGCCUUCAAGAAUCUGACCCGGCUGAAACGGCUGAACCUGGAUGGGAACUCGCUAGCUGCAGUGCCAGCCUUGCCCGCCUCCCUGCAGGAGCUCAAGUUCAACGACAACGUGCUGCAGGGCCUGCAGCACAGCAGCUUCUGGGGGCUCAGCCGGCUGCUGACCCUGGAGGUGGAAGGGAACCAGCUGCAUGAUGGCAACAUCUCUCCCCUGGCCUUCCAGCCCCUACACAGCCUGCUCUACCUGAGGCUGGACCGGAACCAUCUGCGGACCAUCCCACCCGGCCUGCCAGCCUCCCUGCGGGAGCUGCACCUGGGUACCAAUGUCAUCGAGGAGGUGACAGAGGGCAUGCUGAACCAUAGUCACAGCCUCAGCGUGCUGGUGCUCAGCAACAACCAGCUCCAGGAGGACCGGCUGGCACCCCGAGCUUGGACUGAUCUCCCGAAGCUGGAGGUCCUCGACCUGUCGCACAACCGCCUGGCGCGCGUGCCCUCCUUCCUGCCACGGGGCCUUCGGCGCCUGACGCUGCACCACAACCGCAUCGAGCGCAUCCCGGCCUACGUGUUUGCGCACAUGAGGCCGGGCCUGGAGCUCCUGCGCCUGUCCCACAACAGCCUGCGCACCGACGGCAUCCGCGGCGCGUCCUUCCUGGGCCUUCGCCGCUCCCUGGCCGAGCUGCUGCUGGACCACAACCAGCUGCGGGCCAUCCCACGCGGCCUCCUGGGCCUCAGGGGGCUGCAGGUGCUGCACCUGAGCCACAACGAGAUCCGGCACAUGCCCCUGAAUUCCAUCUGUGAGGCUCGAGUGGCUCCGAACUCCAAUCUCAUCUCCACACACCUGGAGAACAACCUUAUUGACCGGCGUCGCAUCCCGCCCACCGCCUUCUCCUGCAUCCGGGUCUAUCGCAGCGUGGUCCUCUGGCCUCAGCAGCAGGAGCGGGUGGCGGAGGGCUCCUAGGAGCCUCCUGCUCCUUUAGGACUGGUGACAGGGGGUGGGCAGGCCUAGCUCCACUUGAUCUUUGCACUACUAGGAGAAAGAUCGAGAAG